GAUUCCUUCAAUCGAGGUCUGCAGGUGAAAGCUCAGCGUGACUUCACCACGGCAGUUGGGCGGAUCAUGGUUCACAACAUCACGGCGUUGCAGGAAGAAAUUCAAUCGCAGCUCGACCUGCUUGACGCAAUGCAGUCAGCAGCACGUAGCCUGCAG